UUAUUUGAUAAGUUUUAGCGGGUCUAUAAAUCUGUACGGUUUGUGAUAACAGUGGAGUCAGUGGAAAUGUAGAAGCUCUGAUAGGCUGUCUGCCCUCAACAAUGUGGAAUGAAUACAGUCAGUUUUGUAAAGUCGUGACUCCAACAGGGUUUAUAUCUGAACGAUUACAUCUGGAAUGCUGUGUAGGUUUUCAGAAAUUCAGCAAAACUGAACACAAAAAUGCACACUUUGAUGUGUUGGAUGCUGUGAAAUUAAAAUAAUGCUGUGAUAAUAUCUCAUAUUAUUCAUAAAUUCCACAUAAUCUAUACAGUCAAGGGCAGUGUAAACGCCACACAGCAUCCCAGGAAUACUGUAAAUGUACCAUCGAUUUGCUGGUAUUCACACAAUCAAAACUGAAAGAAGCUGGAGGCCUGAGAGGCGACAGAAGGAAAACUGUACAUUCACUGAAAACUGCCGUGUGGAAAGUCCCGGAGGUUUUAGAUCUGAAACACUGCGUCGCAAAUCCUGCAGACCUUCUGUAAAUUCUGUGCUACAAUCGUUAAAGAAGAGUGUAAAAUCUCAAUCUGACUGUACUGGGAUGCUGUGAAAUUAGAAGAAUGUAAAAUCAUAAAUUAAUGGUACAUCCCAUUAAAUUCGCAGAGUUGAAAAUGUAGGACACUGUGAACCCCAAAAAAGAUCCCAGAAAUACAAUAAACUUUCCAUAAAUCUAUUAGAAACAGUCAACAUCCGACACUCAAUCAAAACUGAAAGAAGCUGGAUACCUGAGCGGUUAUGGCAGAAAUGCAGUAAAUCUACUGUCAAUAAAGGGUUAGUGAUGAAAAUAUAGGAAGCUAUAUAAUUAUGAGAAUACAAAUUUACCAUAAAAUUUACCCUCAAAUCUGCACAUUUGAAAAUCUGGGAGACUGUAGAUUUAAAAACCAAUGUGAGAAACACUAGAAUUCUCCCAUAACUCAUCAAAAUAUGCCUCAUAAAUCUCUGGGAAGCCAAUUCCCGUAACAUUAAUGCAGCAAAAAUUACAGAAAUAUGUGCAGUUAAAUCUCUGAAACCCUGAAAGAUUGUCGAAGAAAUAUUUUAAAUCAAAUGAAAAAUGCACGGCUGAAACCGAACGUCAUGCAUACGCCUUAAAAUUAGAACGCAUCCUGUAAAUUUAUUGCAAAUUCACUGAACACUGCGCAGUCGAAUGUCCGGGAGGCAUUGUUCUUCAAAGGAAAGUUGGGGGAAUAUUGUGAAUUUCCUAAAAUGUCAUCUUCAUUCGCACAGUCAAAUAUCUAGGAGGCUGCAGAGCUAAAUGAACGUGACUGUAAAUUCCCUGGAAAAUGUGCCGCCGAAAUGUCGGGUGAUCUGCACCUUUAAGAUGUGGCAGGAAACAGUAACUUCACCUCAAAUGUCCAGUGAAACAUCAGUAUUAUUGAAUACUUGGAGGACUGUGGGAGAAGUAUUUGUAAAGCCACCAUAAAUUCACCGCUCGAUGUGCAAUCAAAUCCUGAGUGUCUGUAUUCUCCACAAUAACUGGCAGGAAGGCAGUGGCGGAGCCUGAAAUACCUCGGUGACACAUAAAUCAUCAUUAUAAAAACACACAUAUGUGUCUCAUUCAAAAACAGUCGUCUGUUUAAAUGGCACAGACACCAAACACCGUUAAAUGUCUUUGAACAUGCAGAUUUGUUGCAGGUUGUCUUUGCACUGUGGAAACAUGUCUAUUUGACGUGGCUGUCAUAAAUACACAUCCGUCAUCAGACCACAGUCUGUGUGUUCUCGAGUCCAGACUACCUGCAUGAGUCUGCAGGGUCCUGCAGCCCAGGACGGUUCUCUCCCCGUCUCCCUGCAGCGUUUCAGUCCCAGCUGGAUGAUGGGACGUCCUGUUCUUGCUUUGGAUUGUCUGUUAAAAAAAAAAAAAACAAAAAAAAAAACGUUGCAUCAAAUGCUCAAUUGAAGCAAUCAAGAUGUUUAAUACGCUUUAAAAAAAAUUCAUGAUACUUGUGAUCAUUCAUGUCUAAGCUGAUAUCUUUUUAAAAAUGCUGUGAAACAGACAUAUAGGAGGAUGAUCAGGCCGACAGCUCUGUUUCCAGUGGAUCACAUUAAAACGGAAGUGCAAUUCAAGUGUUUAGUAUGUUAUUUAGUAAACCUUGAGUCCCAACAGCAACUUCAUGUCAUUUAUCCGAUUAAAAACAAGCAACUAUUGAAUUUCUACCCAACCACAUGAUGCACUGAUAUUUUUCGGUUUACUAGCAGGAACCGCGGACACCAGUUAACUGGGGCGCCAGUUGAACCGUAACACCUGUGCAGUGCUCUGAUUCCCGUUAUAUUUGAUAUAAAUACCACACAACGCGCGGAACACAGAAACCUGACCACUUGUUGAGAUUAACUGAUUACACUUGGACUGAAUUGGUGUCUCAAAUAAUGAAAAGUCCGAAGAACGUUUCUAUAGGUGGGGGAAACUUUAGCGAAUAAAGUUAACCGAUGCUAAUGUCAAUAAUAAUUAGUGAUAUAACGUCAAAUAGGCUAAUUAAACUUCUAUACGCAUAAAUUCGUGGUAUAUUUAUUAUAAUUACAUGUGUGGAAGCACCGUGACAUUAUAAAUUACCUGUAAUUAUUGUUUUUUAUCUUUCGCAAAGGUGCUGCAGGUGGUGCGCGGUGUUAAAGUGUCCGGUCGUCCUGAUGUGACGGAGCACAAAGGUUCCUACCGGGGUCAGGCAAAACACUUUAGAUAUACCAGAUUCACCAAAAAUGCUCAACUGGAUGUCUGGAUGGGAAUUUAAAAUUCUGGCAGGCUGUACCUGAAUUGCAGCAGAAAUAUUGUAAACUGACUAAAGAUUCACUUAAAAAAAUGUGCAGUGAAGGAUAAAGAAGGCUGUAGAUUCCCCCAAAAGUAGUCAGUACUAAAAAUUUAAAAGAGAGAAAAGUUUAACAGGCUGUAUUCCCCCAUCCUGUAAAUUUAUUGGGGAAGGCUGUCCUUCUAGCAGAAAUCUUCUGAAUGUAUCAUCAAACCGAUGAAAAAUUAGCAAAAUUUUUGUUAAUUUUAUCCGUCCAAAAAAAAUCAGUGUAUCUUAAUUCCCCUGCCAAAAGUUUAGGAGACUGUACAUGUGAAAACCGCUGCAAGAAAUUUGUAGAUUUACUAUAAAUUCACUCAAAAAUAUCUAAAGAUGGCAAUAAUUUACUGCAAAAUCACAAAAAAAUGUUCAGUUUAGAAUUUGUGAAGUGAUUAAAAAAAAAAAAAAAAAAAAAAAAAACCUGUUCUCUGGCCGAUAUUCACUUUCCUCAUCACUGGUUUUAUCUGGAUCAUGAAAGCUGGAAAUUGAUUCAACUUAUUAUUAAAUUAUCAGUGUUUUAAUGAAAACUCAAGUUGAAACAACCGUUCUACUUGUUUGGGUCAGUUCCUCUGGGCUUCUUGCACUUGCUGUUCUCCUUCACGUCCACAGGUUUUCUCACCUUGUCUUCAGCUCUGUCAUGUUGUCAGUAAACAAAACUCCUCCUGAUCCAGCUGACUGUCAUAUUGACUGAAAACACACUGUUUCACACGCCUCUCUGAGAAGAGAGCGCAGGGCCGCCUCGCCGUGUGGCUUUAACCUCUUCUUCCUCGCAGUGGGAUGUUGUGAUGCCUCAGACCAUGGAGUCCAUGGAGAACUCGGACGAGGACAGAGUGUCCCUCCGCAGCAACGGGAGGACGCCGACCGAGGCCAAGGAGUCUCUGGGAAUGCUUCAGAGCCUCAGGAAGAGCUUGAGACGCACCGCGGAGAAGAGCCCGCUCUCACCCAGAGGCAAGGGGUCAAAGGUCACACCAAACGCAGACACCAGCGAGUCGGGGUCUCCCGCUCUGGCGCCGCCUCCAUCACCCAGUCUGAGCACCAGCUCUCUGGUCACCUCUCCCCUGAAAAACUUCUUCCAGAAAAAAGAAGAGGAGAAUGACGCCAAACCAUCGAAGAUCAAACUGGCGCGUUCGAAGACCGAUCCUAAUAUACCCAAAUUCAUGAAAAGAGGAGGGCAGAUCCGUCGGAGUCUGAAACUCAGGAUGAAGAAAGACAGUGAUAGAACUGACAAGCCGGAGGAGCUCGGACCCGUCGGCGAAGGCUCCACCAACGAGGAGGUGCAGAGAAAGGAGGAUGAGGAAGAGGAAGAGGAGGAGGAGGAGGUGGAGGAGGAGAUGGAGGAGGCGUACACACUUCCAGAAAUACCACACACUCCGCUGUCAGUGAUGCAGAUCAGCAAGCUGAUCGAGAUGGAGGUGCUGGAGGAGGCUCACCUCAACCUGCUCGCCCUGCGCCGCGAGUUCCAGCAGCAGCGGGAGCAGCACGCCCAGGACUCGCCGAUGGAGCUGGCCAAGAAGGAGAAAGACCUCAACCUCCUCUACGGAGACCUGAGGAAGAAGAUCUGCACCAUCGUGCGCGACUCCAACUCGCUCCCCUCCAGAAACAAGGGCCUGCUGGUCCCCGUGGCCCGGAUCAUCCAGGAGGAGGAGCGCAGGGCGGAGGAGCCGGGGGGGCUGCCGGACAGCUGGAUGGCGGCCUGGAGGGAGGCGGUGGCGGACGGCGUGCGGGCGAAGGUGGACGGCGUCCACCUGGAGAGCGCCGAGCAGAAGGCCUCCUGGCUGGCGGUGCACCUGGGCCUGCUGGGGAAGGCCGUGGUGGAGGACCUGGAGGGCGUGCGGAGGGAGCUGCGCUGGUCCUACCCGCCCAGCUUCGGCGUCUUCGGCACGUACGUGAGGAGCUACCACCGGGUGGUGGGGCAGCACCUGAAGAAGCUGGAGCGGCAGGCCACGGAGCUGCGGGACCUGUACGCCCUGCUGGACUGGAUCAUCAACAGGUACCAGAGUGAGAGGAUCCUGGGCAGUGUGUCCCUGCAGCUGGACAUGAAGGGUGAGAGCACCGAGCUGCAGCUGGACGACGACUUCCUGCCGCAGCUGAAGGAAAAGUACUGCUGCAGAGUGAAGGAGGACAUGAAGUCUUCUCUGGAGAGAGUCAUCGAGCUGGAGUACGAGGAGGUCUGGAAGGACAGCAGAUCCCCGGAGAAGGAGGACACCUUCCUCACGUCUCACUUUCCCAUGGACAUCUGGACGAAUGUCAAAUCAAAUGUUGUGAACUCUGGGAAGAUUGACCCUCAGCUGGAGGUCAAAGUGUGUUCAUCCUGCCUGGACGAGCUCAAACAUUUCCCCAAAAGGUUCGAGUCGGAGUUCAGACGUCUCUGCAGCAGCUCGGCUCUGCCUCUCUGGACCGAGUACCACAUCGCCUACAUCAACAGCUUCACCCUCUUACAGCAGCACAUGGAGGGAUACCAGGACGACUGUCCCAGGGAGGUGGAAGGCUUCAGGAAGGAGGUGAAGUGGCUGCUGGUCCGACUCCUGCAGAGUCUGGAGGACCAGUUCAAAGACGACGUCAAGCCUUUCCUGAGGAGGAUGAUGACCAGGAAGUGGCUGACCAACGACGAAGACUUUGAGCAGCUCCACAAGCGGACGAAGCAGCUGUCGGAGCACUGCGAGCUCAUGAGACCUCCACACAGCCAGGACUUUGCCAGCCGGCUUCACUACCACGUGGUCAAGGAGUACGUCGGCCAGCUGAUGAAGAACAACUACAGAUGCAAGAACCACAAACACGAGAAGGCGGCGAAGAAGAUCCGUCAGCAGUGGAACAAACUCAGAGAUCUGUUCCAGGACAUGGAUUCCAGUCACAGCUGGCUCGACCCUCUUGGAGACCACCUGAGCGACAUCAUCGGACAGAAAAACAAGAGCCAGAUUAAGAACCACCUGCAGCCUCUGGUGGAGCUCUACCCCGACUUCAGCAGGAAGCAUCUGGUUGCCAUCAUGGACUUCCGGGGUCUCCUGAGGGGCCGCGAGCACCAGCUGAUCGUCCAGCGCCUCGCCGCGCUGAAGAAAGACGCUGCCGGCGCCGCCGCCGGCGACAGCAGCGCAGAGAGCCGGGUCCUCUUCGGCGACAUGCACGUCACCGUCAACUCAGACUGCCUCUCCAGCCUGCCGCUGGUCUGCCUCGCCGUCCUGCGGCCCGACAGCUAGGAGAACGCCGGCGGCGUGCCGGGUGGCGUGCCGGGCGGCGUGCCGGGCGGUGUGCCGGGCGGCGGUCCGGAGCACCGUAGACCUGGACGCUGGAAAACCAGCGCUCUCUGUGGGAACACAGCGGAUUUAACAGACUCAACAGACGCUUCACGUGAUGAUCCACAUUCACUCCAACGCUGAAGCUGCUCAUGGGCUCGUUGGCAGGGCGACGCUGGGGAUCGAACUGCCGUCCUGUUGAACAGGAGCUGAUCCACUGCAGCGCCCGAGCUGACAGGGAACAAUGACGAGGCUUCUGCGGUGGUCUGAUCGAAGAUAAAAACUGCAUUUGUACUCACAGAUUUCGUCCCUCGGCCACUGACACACACACACACACACACACACACACACACACACACUAAUACACGACCUCAGUGUGAGACCUGAGUGUGAGAUGGGGAAUCGAACCGCUACCCCUGGAUUUUGAAGACAGGCCUUUUCUCCGUCUCAGCCCACGGACAGUUGUUUCUACUGCUUCUUUCAGGAGUUUAAAGACAUUUUUCGUGCAUGAGUUCGAUGUUGUGACGUCCGUGCAGAGUUUGCAUGUUCCCUCUGAGCAUGUGUGAGAUUCCACCUGACUCCCCAGUUUCCUCCCACGGCACCAAACAGCCAUCUGACCUCAGCUGGUGACUCAACUGUUCAUGUGUGUGCAUGUGUGUGUGUGUGUGGUUUCAUUACAAAAACAAUCGGCACCCACACGUUGCCUCAUAAACACAAAACCUCUCAAACAUAAACACAAAAAGAUGCACUGUCACCUGAAACGUCGUUGUGGAAACGGGAGCCUGAAUGUUAAUAAACCGAAUUGGACAAAGUGAUAAAAAGAGACGGAUGUGGUUUUAUGUUUCAUGUUGCAUUGAUUUAAAACCAGUCAGAUCAUUUUAGAGAAGCCGAUGCAGGUCUGUGGUGAGAAGGUUUCAUCUAUUCAACUCAGUGUUUUGUUUUUCUUUCAUUCUGAGAGGAAAAUGAGUUCAACAUGUGGUCUGGAACAGUCCAGGAUUCCUCAUAUGUUCCCGAUUAUGCCCCUGAUCGAAUGUGACGCGCUCACGUAUUCACUUACAAAACAUCUUUAUGGGAAGAGUUCAGAUAAAAAUCUGAGAGAAAAAAAGCAAGAUUACUAAACCUUAGAAUGUGAAACAGAUUUUAAAUAAGUGAUCCGUCAAAACGUCUCAUUAGCUGAUAAGCAGAGAAGCUGAAGGUCAGCCAGGAAACUGUGCAGCCCGGAGGUCGACGGACAAAGUGAGGACAAAGAGAGGGACAGACUGCGCCUCCCCAGGGUUAAUAUGAACUGAGGAACU